AUGUGGCUAGGGAGCGUGCCGUCCAACGGGGGGACUAACUCUCAGCCAGCACGUACAACCGAGACACUCAAAGCUCGUACGUCUGUGACCAGUCCUACGCGCGCAGACCAUCCAAUCAAGGGUCUACAGCAACAUCCCGUCAAGGAUGCCCCGGUUUCCGAGGAAAUCCGGGGUGGGUCCUGUCAAGCACGCCGUUGA